ACCGAACCCAAGUCAACAGCAGCCCAACACUUCAGAUACUCCCAGGGCACACCUUAAUAACUCGAGCUGCUUCCUGCAUCAGCGGCUGCCACAGAUUAUUAGCCUCAUUCCUGACUGGAUCCUAUAUCUAGUUAACGCUUUACCUUUCCUUCAUCAGCCCGAAUCUGGGCUUGAGAAAUCUGUUGGCAGCCGGACGGUACUUAACUGCCCUGUCGCUUUGCACUGUUUGCAGACGGCCCCGCGAUCAGCACAAUCCGUCUCUCACAGUCCUGUGACCCCGUUGCACCGCCGUCAUGUCGUUCCUCGGCGGCGCCGAAUGCUCGACGGCGGGAAACCCACUGAGUCAAUUCACAAAACAUAUCCAAGAUGACAAGAGCUUGCAGCAUGAGAGGCUUGUCGGCAGGGGCCCAGCGGGCUCGCUUGGCGGCUUUAGGAGUGCUGCGCAGAGCGCUCCCCAGGACGAGAUGAUGAACGGCUUUCUUCAUCAGAGCCCCAAUCUCCCCGAGAUACCGCUCGAGCAGCAUGGCCCUAUGGGCCAUGUGCACAUCAAUCAACCCCAUGGCGUUCACCUCCGUGCCCAAUCCGCAUCGCCGCUAUCCCCCAGCUGGGCCCCCGCCGACACCCAGGCUGCCAUGGAAGCUGCUUUCAACGUGCCGCCGGGAACAGAGUUCAGCCCGGACGAGUUCGCCAAGUUUCAGCACAUGAACGGUUCGGCAGCGUCAGCCUCGCGCGCCACUCCCAUGCCUGGUGCCAGUAACAACAUGAUGGCCCAGCCACGGAUGCCCAUGAUGAUGGGAGGCAUGGGUUACGGCAUCAUGUCCCGCCCCGCGUUCCAGCCCAUGUACGGCCCACAGAUGCACAUGGCUUCUCAGCCGCAACCCCAGCAGGAAGUCGAGGGCAAGGGCAAGGGGAAAGUGGUGGAGCUAGACGAGCACAAAUGGGAAGAGCAGUUUCAGCAGAUGGAGUUGCACGAUCGGCAGCUGCGUGAGUCGGGCGCUGAGAAGGAUGAGGCUCUCGCCAUGGAGCCAGAGCUGAAUGACAUGGACGAGAAGUUGCUUCAUUCUGAGACAGGCUACGGCGAUCUCGAGUCCAUCUGGCGCGGCAUCCAGGCCGAACAGGAAGCGAUGAAGGAGAUGGACAACAUCGAGGACGACUUUGCCCGGUUCGACAGCUCCCACUUUGGCGGGGACAAUCUCAACGAAUGGGGGCUUAACGGACGGCUAGGAGCGGACCCUGUUGUGCAAGAGUAUCUCUUCGAGGAGGAGAACGUCUACCAAGAACAACCCAAUCCAUUUGAGGAGGGUGUGCGCAUCAUGAAUGACGGCGGCAACCUCUCUAUGGCCGCUCUCGCCUUUGAGGCUGCCGUGCAGAAGAAUCCCGACCACGUCGAAGCCUGGGUUUACCUCGGUAGCGCUCAAGCCCAAAAUGAGAAGGAAGAGGCCGCCAUCCGCGCCCUCGAGCAUGCCCUGAAGCUCGACCCUAACAAUCUAGCCGCCCUGAUGGCUCUUGCCGUGUCCUAUACCAACGAAGGCUACGACAGCACUGCCUACCGCACCCUCGAGCGCUGGCUGUCGGUAAAGUACCCACAGAUUAUCGCUCCGCAGGAUCUGUCGUCGGUCGCCGACAUGGGCUUUACCGACCGUGCCCAGCUUCACGAGCGCGUGACCAACCUCUUUCUCAAAGCCGCCCGGCUGGCGCCCGACGGCGACCACAUGGACCCCGACGUGCAGGUCGGCUUGGGCGUCCUCUUCUACGGCGACGAGGAGUUCGACAAGGCGGUCGACUGCUUCCAGGCAGCGCUGCAGUCGUCGGAGCAGGGCACGAGCAACCAGCGAGAGCAGCUGCACCUGCUGUGGAACCGGCUGGGCGCCACCCUGGCCAACUCGGGCCGCUCCGAGGAGGCCAUCGCCGCCUACGAGAAGGCCCUCGAGCUCCGCCCAAAUUUUGUCCGCGCCCGCUACAACCUCGGGGUCUCGUGCAUCAACAUAGGCUGCCAUGCCGAGGCCGCCGGCCACCUGCUCGCCGCGCUCGACAUGCACAAGACGGUCGAAAAGAGCGGCCGCGAAAAGGCCCGCGAGCUGCUCGGCGGCAAUCCCGAUGACCCGGCCACCGACGCCCGCAUCGAGGCCAUGACCACCCAGAACCGGAGCACAACCCUUUACGACACGCUCCGCCGCGUGUUUACCCAGAUGGGCAGGCGUGAUCUGGCCGAAAAGGUGGUUGCCGGGGUGGAUCCGGACAUUUUUAGGGGGGAGUUUGAUUUCUGACGGGAAAGGUGAUGGAGAGCCAUUGCCAGAGCCAUCGCCGGGUCGGCAGCGGCAACUGUGGCAUUUGAAUGGGUCCAAGUGGACGGCGUGGGAUAGGAUGCGGGUGUCUUGAAUCCAUGCGAAUGGAGCGGAUGUUCUUUGGGGGAUUCAAAUUACAGUGCCCGCAGGUGCAAUACAUUGUCCGUAACGUUCGGAGAAUGGGAGCGAGGCGUGCUGUCAACGCCGUCUGUAUAGUAGCGCAUACGGUAGAAAAAGCGAACUGAUGACAGCAUAGAGACAGCGAAAAGCAUACAGCUGCGAGG